AUGGCCCAGGCCAGAAACGAUAUGAGUAUCAACAUGGAGAUUUCUAACGGAGCUGUCAUCCACAGUCCUGUAGGGUCGUGCAUGGAGAUGGAAGAUCGGAGGACUGGAGAGGAAGAGGAGGAGGAGGAUGAGGUUGAACUGGCCGAAGAGGUGGACGAGGAUAUCAACAUUGGAGAUGAUGAUGGUGGAGAAAGCAACGCAAUGCCCUCAACAGACGUGAUCAUUCAUAAAACAGAGGAAGAGGAUAAUAUGGAAGAUGUAGAGGACCAAGUUGGCCAAGAGACAGUGGUUCUGCAAAAUGAGUUAAAUGCUGGAGAGAUGGAGGAAGAAGUGGACAUAACCGCCAAACUAACAACGCCUGAGCUACAGGUAACAGUUGAACUGCCAAGGACAACACAAACACAAGUUCCAGAACUUCGAAACGAAGCUGAAGAGCUUGGAGGAACAUUGAAAGAACUGGACAAGGAUCGAGCAGAUCACAAGUUGGAAAUGCUGUAUGAAGACGAAAAGGAAAGCGAUGAACCACAAAUGCAAACCUUGAGCGAAAGGCAGACGGAGACACAGGAACAUCAGGAGCUGCUCCUGUCUGAGGUAAGAGAGUUUACCUGUAGCCUCCUUGAAAAAAUAAAAAACAAGUCCAGAGAGGAUCAAAUUCAGCAAGUAAAGAGUGACAUACUUUCGCAAGAAGAGGAGCAUGAAGAGGUGAAGGUGGAAAGUUGGGAUGAUGAGUGUGUAGACGAAGAGCCACGGACGGUUUCUACCAGUGAAGGAGAAUCUAUAGAAGACUUUCAGAGUCUUGGGGAAGAGGGAGAAACAGCAACAUUUGAUAAUGUUGGCAAAGAACAGUCUACAGCCGAGGUGCCUUUAUUGGAGGACUGUAUAGCAGUUGGACAGCCAAUGCACAAUGAUGCCUUCGAGACAACUAGUGAUGAAAAGACCACUUACAAUGCAGCAGAAGAAAGGUCGAUUGACUGGAUUGCAACAGAGCAACCAUCAACUGAUAUGAUUGGUGGAACCAUAGAGGAGAUGGUCCAGAAUUCAGAUCAGUUGGUGGAAAGCAUCGUGCAAGAAUAUGAAAGACUAGAGCGGAUUGAACAGGUGGUGAGUGACACCAAUCUGGAGAAUUGUGAAAAAAUAGUAGCAGAUACCGAAUCACCUAUUGUCAAUGGACCUGAGGAGACAAGAGGAGCUGAUAAAGAGGCAGAAGGCAUCAAAAAGAUUCAAGAUGAUGCUCAAAGAGUUGUAGAGAUUACAGAAGAGCUGGUCAAGAAGGAGGAGCUUCUUAUAGAUGAGGGAAGCUGUACAAAGGCGGAACAGCCACUUGAUGAUCCUGAAGUUGUAGAAGAGGGUGUGUGCAAGAAGCAGGAACAGCUGGGCAAUAGCAAACGGGAGGUCGCAGAGGGAGGUGAAGCUGCAAAGGAACAGCCAAAACAAGAAGUGCCAGCACCUAUAGAGGAGGGGGCGGGGAACUGGCUAGAAGAGCUCAAGGCUGUCAUUGAAGAUGAGCCCAGGAGGAAAGCCCAGGGGGGGCGUAAAGUCACCAUACCUGCCUGGUUGAAGGGCAGGGUGAGCUCGGAUGCUCAUUUCCAAGAGCCGUCGAAGCCCCUCGGCAGUCGGGUCAGAAGCGUGAGCGGCAGCAGUGAAGGGGAGGUGAAUAUCAAGGCCAAAGUUCAAGAGGUCAUUAUGGUGAAUGGAUGCCCUGCAGCUGCUGUAGUUCAACAGGAAGAGGAAAAAAACUCGGAAAAUACGACAAAGAUGGAGAAUCCAGCUCAACAGGAGGGCCAUCCACAUGACCUGCAGAUCGCCCUCUAUGUGAAGGCCGGCAGUGAUGGAGAGAGUAUCGGGAACUGUCCCUUCUCUCAGAGACUCUUCAUGAUCCUCUGGCUGAAAGGAGUCAUCUUCAACGUCACCACUGUGGACCUCAAGAGAAAGCCGGCGGAUCUGCAGGAUCUCGCUCCAGGAACCAACCCUCCAUUCAUGACCUUCAACGGAGAGGUGCUGGUGGACGUCAACAAGAUCGAGGAGUUUCUCGAGGAACGACUGGUCCCACCACGAUACCCAAAGUUGGCAGCAAAGAAACUGUGA